CUGCGCCUGGUAAAUACCCAGAAGAUUCAACAAAUACGUGAAAUCCUAUCUAUCCUUAGGGGUAAGGAAAGGGGCACAUUGAGUGUGUAACUCUGUGCAUCUGAGAUGUCUUCUCAUGGCCAUCCCGAAAUCGAAAUCGGAAACUCGUCAGUCACGACAUGAAUGAUGGUGUCUGCCGAAUCGCGACCUAUAGAGUUCGCACCUUUGCGCGGACUUGACGCUGAUGAUGCGGAAGAUGCCUUUCUUAGAGGCGACAUAGAAGAGGCCAGGUUAAGGUCAAGAUCAUUGACAACCAAGGAAAAAGAAUAUUCUUCCAGGGCAGUGUAUGUUUGCAGAUCAGUUGGGAUCUCAUUCGGAUGGAAACUCUGACGACAAUAGACGUUGGUCCAUUGCUUCCUCGAUCGCCAUCUACUCAACCAAACAACUGAUGAUCAACCAUGGCUUUCGUAAGACAUCACACUCUUGACAGAGAAUGCAGCUAAUAUAAACUCUAGAUUACCGUAUGUGUAGUUUUACCCCUCCUCCGCGGCCGAUCUGACAAAGUUGUAGCUCUCGCGAUCGCUUUUCGAGCUUUUGUCGCAUUGUCGAUUGUCUACGUAUUGGCUCUGAAAUUCGGCUCAGAAUCCACCGCAUCAAAUCCCAACAACAUAUCUCAAUGGGGAAUACAAAAACCAGGUGGCGCAGGGGCUCUCAUGUUCAACAAACAUUGUAUUAGAAUGAUACCUGCUGCAUUGACUGCUGCAGCGUCAGUCCCAAUGUUGAUGGAAGGUAUUUUACAUAUGCCGAGCCUUCCGGUUCUGGUAAUGGUAUUUGUGAGUUGCGUCUUACGAAAUGGAAUUCAAUAUAAUAUCGAAGAAGUCCAUGUUAAUUUCUUCUAGCCAGUGGUAUAUGCUGCAGAAACUCUUGUUCUGUGUAUAUUGUGUUCGCAAUCUCCUUCCAAGAGACGCUUCCCAUGGGAAGCGAUACUUAUAUUCGCAGCUUCUAGUCUUGUUUUAUAUAAUGAAUACCGUCUCAUGGUUCCUGGCCUUCUCUGGGGUCUCCUUGGUCUCCUUUUUACUGGACUCUCCCGAGCAUUCCAUGCUUUUGGAUUCGAGAAAGUCGGCCCUGAUAUUGCAGUCCAAGCGAAACUUAAAGCCAACCACGGUUUCGUGGCCAUGACAUUGUCAUUUGGGAUAGUAUUCAGUGGUGCUGCUGGUAUUUUCUUCGAACAUAUCGAAACAAUUUACAGCACUUCGAAUUCAACAAUUCUACUGAUGGUCGUAAACACGGUCUCCAUCGUUUUGACGUGUUUAUUAGGGGCAAGUUUUAUGGCCUACUCUCCAAUCUCAUUUGCGGAACCCAAGAUCCAAUUUUCAAAUAUACCACUUCAAGGUACUGAGCUUCUUGCAGCAUUUUCUUCCAGCAUGACUGUUCUGCUGGCAGCCGUAAUAUCCAACCCAGUACCAGUCGUGUGCUGGAUUCAACUCAAUGCAUAUUUGGUAUCGUGUGCAGCCCUCAUUGGAAUAGAUCAAAUCCAUAACUCAGUCCUUCAGUUGAGAGAAAUCACCAAGACCAAGACCCAUGAAAAUAAAACACCUAGCAAGAUAUUCUCAGGGGUAGCCCUUUUUGGCGCAAUCGUGUCCACAGCUACCGCCAUAGUAUUCUUGUCAACUUCAUCCAUCAGUUCAGUCCAUCAAGGGUUCCCCGUCUCUCUAGAUCUCUCAUACAACCCCACUUCACGCUUCGAUAUCGUCGUUAGUAUGUAUGAAGAGGAUCCCUUGUUGGUCAAGCAAACACUUGAUACAAUCAAAACCACCGCGAUGCUCAGAAAAAUCAAACCAACAAUCAUUGUAUACACCAAAAGUCCCGGUGCCGACCUAAAAGUGUUGAAGGAAAACACUGGUGCUGACGUCGUGGAAAGGAUGGAAAAUCUAGGUCGAGAAGGAGGGACCUACCUCAAGCAUAUUGUUGACAAAUGGGAUAAGUUGGCAGAUCAGACCAUGUUCAUUCAAGCCCAUGCCCACAACAUGCGUGAACUCAUUCCUAGAAUCAACGACUACCUCGUUCCUGAGACCGGGAUGUUGAGCUUGGGCUUCACCGGUGUGCAAUGCGAGUGCGGUGCUUGCGGGGAUCGCUGGGGAUGGGAAGAUAAAUUCAACUCUAUUCCGCAACUCUUCCAGAAAAUUUACAAGCAGCCUUGUAAGCCGGAACAACCAAUACUCUUGGCUUACAAAGGUCAGUUCAUAGCUAGCGCAAAGAGAAUCCGAGGGAUUGAUAGGAAUAUAUAUGGGGGGCUGUUGACGGCUAUCAACAGCAAGGAUGGAUGGAGUCAUAAUGAGGCGAUUGUCGGAGACAAUGUUGACAGACCCGAUAAUCCGUAUUUCGGAUUCACGGUUGAGAGGGUUUGGGGAUUGCUGUUGCAGUGUGGUACUGAUGAGAGUGUUGCAGCCAAAUGCCCCAGUUUGCUGAGCGGAAUGGGACAAGGAGGACAGCCGGAAGAUUGCCAGUGUUUGGAUCGUUGAGGAGCGCUUUACUAAUCGAUAUGAAUAUGACUAUACUGGAAUAGUCAUGCGGGUAACGGAACGGAGUUUAUGGAUGGAAAGGAUGGGAAGGAUGGCGUAGUGGUGUUGGGAUUUUGGCUGGGCAUUGUUUUUCAUUACGACAUUUUAAUUAUUUGUGGCUGGGAGAACCGGAACUCUUAGAGGUGGAGGUUUAAAUAGAUGGGUUGUUCUGCACUUGGGGCACGGAAUAGAUCCCUUGUAUGUCCUUUUAUUCAGAAAUCAAUGGAUGCUUUCGCGGCUGUGGCUCAGUUUCUCAUGCAAGGUCUAAGCAAUAUCACAUUGAG